AUGGGGCGACAGGCAUUUUUCGCGGUCUGGUGCCUGUUAGCGUUUGUGGAAGCGCUCUGUGAUUCGACUUCCGCAAAGAGUGUAGCUAAAGACAAUGAAAGUGCAGAAAGUGCUCCGCGACUUUAUCGCAACGUUCCCGUCGGCGUGUACGCAGGCGCAACACCUUACGGAUCGUACUCCAUUCCGGUCAAGUUUGUAUCCGCUCCCAGACCGGCAGCUUCGCGUCUAGUACCAGUGAAGGAGGCUUACCAAAACGCUUAUCUGAAGGAUUCGUAUGGAAACAGAUUUAUUGGAUCGCCACAGUCAUUGGCAUAUAAGACGACUUAUCCACAGCAGUUUGUGCAACUUCAAGAACUUCCGGCUCAUCUGUCCCAACCAAUUGUCGCUGCAGCACCCAACUACCAGUACAGACAACCAACGCCGUUUAUUGUGAAUUCACACUAUACUCUGCCGUUGCAACAGGUAGCGCAUAGAUUCGGCUCCUCACAACCAUAUGCUUUUGGGGAAAACAUCAAAACUCUAGCACCCAAUGCACCAGCAACCACACAAUCCCAAAGUCAUCCAACAGCUCAGCAACAAUCAACAAGUCAUAAAGCAGUUUAUGCUAACACGCAAUCUCAAGAUAACUAUAAUGUAAGAAACGGUCCAAAGUACCAGCGCCUGCAACAGGGACUAAAAGAUGCUGAAGUAAUCAGAAGCGAGCUAAAUUCUGCACAAGAUAAUGCCCAAAAUGAUAAGGCAAAGUUGCAGGACGUGCCCGCCAAAGAAACUGCAAUUACGACUGUUGUUAACGGACAAAAGACGGUGAUAAAUUUGGACACAAAGCCCGUGCUACCUUUAUUAGACUUAAGCCUGCUAGAACCACUCACGUUUGCUAAUCCACUCGUUCCUCAAGUGCAACAUUUCUUACCGAGGAUCAACCAAGCCACAUAUGUUAAACUACCUAAACCAGAAAUUACAGAAAACAAAAAGUACCAAAAAGAAUUUAUGAUUCAGAAGACUAAAUCUUAUGACAGUGGACUUAUUAAAGGAAAACCUCAGAAAUCAUCUCCAAAAAAUAAAGUAAAGCGCCCUCAGCCAGAAGACGAUGCUGACAUACAAAGAGAUGUGCCUCAUACACCCACUGUAACAGUUAAAGAUACUUCUAAUGCAAGUCCGGAAAUUUCUUAUGAAAUUAAUUCUCCAAAUUAUAAGGAGACAUACAAAGAAAAGGCUGUUAGUUACAAUAAGGAGACAAAUUCUGAACCAGUGCAUUACACUUAUGGUUCAAAUACUGCAAAGAAACCAGUUCAUUACAGCUACAGUCACAGCUCGAAUGAACCCGCGAAGAUUCAAAAAGUAUACUAUCACAGCAGUAACGGAGAGCCAAAGCAGUUGAUAUAUAAGUUUAAUUCCGAAGAACAAAAUAAAGAACAGAAUGGGGAAGAAAAGGAAAAAUCUCAAGAAGCACCUUCUCAACACGCCGAAAAUUCAAGUGGAGAAUCCCAUUUCGAUGGUUCUGAAAAAGAGAGUUCUGAAGAGCAACAUGAAGAUGAUGAAGCAGUGCAACAAAACAGCAAACAUUUGCAUCCUGAGCAUAGAGAAGAAUAUCAUGAACCUCCCAGUGAACAAUAUAAGAAAGAGCAACAUAAUAAACAACCCCAAUAUCACUCACGGCCACACGCUACAGUACAAAAUGCAGAACAGUUUCAUCCUGUGACACAUUACGAGGAAAACAUUCAGUUGAUCCCGCCCAAUAAAUUAGGUCAUAUUAAAGUCGAUCCGGGACAGCACGUACAGCAACAACCACCUCAGCCACAAAACCAGUCACCACCACAAAAUUUUGAUCAUCCUAUAAUUCACGAAAGACCGCAUAAUGUCCCGCAGCAUAUACAUGAAAAAACCCGGAAGGUUAUAAUACAAGAAGAAACUCCUGAAGAAAUGCAUUCUAUUCACGAGCAGAUGAAAGCUGAAAUGAUCGAUCACGAAGAAAACAACGAAGAAGAUUUCGAGAAAGCCUACAAAGAUGCCGCGUUUGGUUUUCCUGCUUACGAAAGACAUUCAGACGAUGUAGAGAAGGAUAUUUAUAAUCCAGAAAUUUACGGAAUACCUCGUGAUCAUAGUAAUUUCGAAAUUGAGCAUGUACCGUUUCAGCAAUAUCAGGAUCACGGAGACGAAUUUCCAAAAACCACUCGCGUUAACUAUAAAGACGCUAGAGACAAAACUAAGGAAGACUAUUACUUAGAUUAUUCUAUCAGCCGACCGCAAAGUUUGACUGAUCGCUACAGAAACAAGGUAGAUUACUACAAAUUAUAUAAGAAUCAAAAACCGGAAAGGUACACCGUUUACGAUACCGAUAAAAACCAGGAGAAGCAAAGUUCAAAGUACACAGUAGUUCCGUAUGUAUUCGGAACGGUUGAGGAUCAGAAACCCAAACAAACCUUCGCAAAGUAUCAAGCGAAACCCCUUGUUUAUGAAUACGACUAUUCCAAGGCGGCGCCUCGUGAUAACAGCGCGUAUGCAUCACAACCAUAUCAGAACUACAAGAGCAAAACCUUGUUUGUUGAGCCUCAAUUUCAAUACGGUUUCGAGCCCAUUGCAAUUCCGAGACUAUUGGACAGUGAACUCGCAGCUAUGGCCAGUAAUAAUCGGCCAGAGAGCGAGAAACCGGGAAUGCGAAAAAAAAUAUAUAAAGAAAAUUUUUACAUAAAGAAAACGAGCACGUUAGGAGGAGAACCGACUAGUUGAUAAAAAAUAAAUUAUUUUAAUUUAUUAUUUAAGAGG